GGCCUUAUUUUUGGCGCUAAAARUUCUAAAUAUAUAUAGUAUUGGUCAGUGUGUUGGAGUUUUAAUACGUAAAAAAAUGCCCUCAAACGUGGAAAUUAAAGCUAAAGUACGAAAUGUAGAAGACUUAAAACGCAGAGCUAAAGAGCUGAGUGGCAAAGAAGGUAGUUUGAUCAACCAAGAAGAUAUGUUUUUCAACGUUCCAAAUGGAAGAUUAAAGUUAAGGCAUCUAAAAGAUAAACCGUCUCAGUUGAUCUACUAUGAAAGAUCUGACACAAGUGGACCUAAACUUUCAGAUUAUUACAUAGCACCAACAGAUCAACCCCAGGAGCUUUUGACCACUCUCCAACAUGCUUUAGGAAUAAGAGGUGUUGUGAAAAAGCAGCGCUACUUAUACAUGGUUGGACAGACCAGAGUUCAUGUGGACCAUGUCGAUAAUCUUGGAGAUUUCAUGGAAUUAGAGGUGGUUCUUGAAGAGGGACAAACUACAGAAUAUGGACAAAAAAUUGCUGACGAACUGAUGGAUAAGCUAGGGAUUUUGAAAGAAGAUCUCUUAUCUGGUGCUUACAUGGAUUUGAUAUUAGCAAAGCAGUCAUUGUAAAGAAAAGCAGGGAAUAAGAGACGUAGAAGAAGAUAACAAUAAGAAAAAUUCCAUCUUCAUAAAUUGGUCAUCAAUUUCCAACAAAAAGAAGUAAAAAAAAUUUUUUUUAA